UGGACACCUGCUCAAACAGACGGGUUCCUAUAUAAGGCAUGACUCUGCUGUAGUGUCAUUGGACUUCGCCAUGGCUCGUUACACGAUACUCCUUGUUACUGCAGCCAUCGCUGUCGUGGCGCUCGCUAAACCCGUAGAGCAGGAGAAACCGGUAACACCAUCAGUUGCACCAUCAGUUUUUCCACCAAGUAAACCACCAGUUUUACCACCAUAUAAACCUCCAGAUUUGCCGCCACAUAAACCACCAGUUUUGACACCAAAUAAACCAAAACCAAUUCCUCCACCACAUUACCCACCAGCUUCUCCGCCGUAUUAUCCAAGUGAUUCGCCAGAAUAUUACCCACCAGCUUCCCCACCGUAUUAUCCAAGUGUUUCCAAACCAAAUUACCCACCAACUUCUCCGCCGUAUUAUCCAACUGAUUCCCCAGCACAUUACCCACCAGAUUCCCCACCGUAUUAUCCAAGUGUUUCCAAACCAAAUUACCCACCAGCUUCCCCACCGUAUUAUCCAAGUGUUUCCAAACCAAAUUACCCACCAGCUUCUCCGCCGUAUUAUCCAACUGAUUCCCCAGCACAUUACCCACCAGAUUCCCCACCGUAUUAUCCAAGUGUUUCCAAACCAAAUUACCCACCAGCUUCCCCACCGUAUUAUCCAAGUGUUUCCAAACCAAAUUACCCACCAGCUUCUCCGCCGUAUUAUCCAACUGAUUCCCCAGCACAUUACCCACCAGAUUCCCCACCUUAUUAUCCAAGUGAUUCCAAACCAAAUUACCCACCAGUUUCCAAUCAUUAUUAUACAGUUGUUUACCAACCAUAUUAUCCACCAGGACUCCUACACUAUCCACUAUAUAAACCACCACUUUUGCCACUACUUGGUCCACCGUUUUUACCACCAUUUGGACCACUGCUUCCACCACUGAUUGGAAAACCAGGUUUGCCAAUAAUUGGGGCACCAAUUUUGCAUCUCCCGGGUCUGCCAAUUUUGCCGCCCCUCCAUCCAAUCAUUCCAUAUCGUCAAACUGAGGAACCUAGCGAGGAACCGGACACGGAGGAACCGGAUAAGGAGGAACCGGAUACGGAGGAACAUUACACGGAGGAACCGUGACCUGAGGAACCUGCCGAGAAACCUACCAAGACACCACAAGAAUAAUGUGGAACUGAGGCUACUUCGGAAUCCAAAUAUACAAGAUCAUCUGCUGCAGCCCCAGAAAAUCCUCAUGUUUUCUCGGACGAUGUUUUUCCACAUUUAAUUUGUAUGUUAAAACUUUAGACAUGUAAAUAAAUGUUGCAUAAUUGA